AUGGACAAGGCAGAUGAGUAUGAUUUUGCAGAAGAGGACUUUGCAAAGAGUGCCAAGGAUGCUGGUAGAGCUCUCAAGGCAGCCCUGAAGUCGAAAGACUCCCUGCUGAAGGCGCUCAAGCUGGUGGGGAGCCUGCUGGAAGAGGGGGAUGAUAUUUCGCAGCGUCUGCUUGACACCAUCCUGAAGUGCCUGGUUGCACCUCAGAAGGACGACAAUCCUGCAGCUUACAGAUGCGCCGCCCAGUUGGUGGGCAGGAAUGAGCAGCAGCUGCAGCACCCCAUACAAAGGCUGCUGACUGACAUGAUGGAGGGCAAUGCUAAACACAGCGAGCUCAACGAUGAUUACCAGGACCUCCUAUACCAGAUCUACCAGGUGUCACCGAGCACCCUGCUGCCAGUGAUGCCGCACAUCAUGUCCGACUUGACUGCCAAGGAGGAUGCCAAGAGGCUGUCCGCGCUGGAGCUCCUGGGGAAGCUGUAUGCACUGCCGGACUCUGACAUGCAUGCCGACUUCCCCGAGCUCUUCAAGGAGUUUGCAGAGGUGCGGCAGAAGAUGCUGCGGCUCAGUGCAGGCAUCCUUGUGCAUUGCGCAUCCAAUUUGGCCAGGGAUCAGGUUUUGAAUGCGGUCAUGGAGAGGCUGAUGGACUAUGAGGAGAAGGUCAGGAGCAGUGCCGUGGCAUGCCUCUGCGAGGCCGCCACAAAGAACAUGCAGGCUGUGGGUCAGAGGGCGAUGGAGGCUGUGAGUGAGCGGCUGAGGGACACAAGGCGCCCGGUGCGGAGGGACACCGCCACCCAGCUCAUGGCAGUCUUCAGGGCUUUGUGCAACAAGGCACACAAUGCUGCAUCACCGGCAGUUGAGGAGUCAGUGCUGUGGGUGCCAGCGCGCCUGCUGCUGUGCGCCAGCAAGGAUGCAGACAUGCAGCAGCACCUUACUGAGUCGGUCUUCAAGAAUGGCCCGUUCCCAGCCAAACUGCCCAUGGCCACUGCUGCAAAGCACUGGGCAGCAAUCUACAUGAGCAGCAACCCACAGGAGCGCGCCGCCAUCAUGGUUUCAAUGAAGACAAGGUCAAACUGCAGGCAGGUUGUCAGGAACUUUGUAGACCUGUGCGCUGCCAGAGACAUGGCUACCGACUCUUCCAGCUCCAAAAUGGCUCAGGUGGUGCGCUACUUGGUGUCCUUCUUUCCUCUGCUGGCGCCUGAGAAGGUGAGGGAGAAUCUGGAGAAGCUGAGGGAAAUGCGCGACAAGAACAUCCACAAGAGCCUCUUUGCGUUGGCCGGCCCAGAGACUUCUCUGGAGGAGGCUGCCAAGCUAGCAAAGGAUGUGGUACAGCGGGUGGGAUCGAGAGGGCCUCAGGGCGACUUUGCCAGGGCGCUCUGUGCGCGCCUUGUGCCGCAGCUGAUCUCAAUGCAGCAUGUGGAGGAGCUUCUCAAGCUGGCCAGUGAGGAGGCACCACUCGAUGAUGCCUACCUGGGCAGCACCUUGGAGCUGCUAGUGGACGCUGCUGAAACCUCCCCCUCCCUCUUUGCUGGGCCUGUGCCACAGGUGCUUGCAAUGCUUGGGGACAAGGACAAGCGCCUGUCAGAGGCGGCUGCCAGGAUCCUAGCGAAGGCUGGCAAGGCCGUCCGGGCCAAUGUAGCAGAGGACUCGAAGGCGCUUGAUGCAGCAAAGAGCAAGCUGCUUGACAUCAGCAAGGAAGGCUCCCCCAAGGCCGCCAAGGCAGCUGUCAGGGCGCUCGUGGCAAUUCUGCCGGAGAGCGCACACAAGGAUGUGCUGCGGGAGUUGUGCGCGCAGCUGGCAGUCAUGUUGGAGGAGGCGGAUGAUGAUAUUGAGUCGCGGCUGCCCACUAUCAUGCAGGCGCUCAGCAGCAUCGGCCGCAUCGCGCCGGACAUCUUUGCUGAGCACGCUGGCACUGUUGCUGACUUUGUGCUUGAUGUGCUGCUGCCUGCGGACAGGAUAGACUCAGAAUCUCAGGCGGAAGGCAAGGUCGGCAAGAUGUGGGGCAACUUCAGCGACUGCAUCUGCCUCAAGGCAUCUGCAUUAAAGGACGCACCUUGGCAGGAAAAGCGUGUAAUAAUAAUAACAACAAUAAUAAUAAUAAUAAUAAUAAUAAUAAUAAUAUUACUGUAUACCAACCCAGGAAAUGCACCCAACGACUGGGACAGGGUGCGGGUGCCGGCAGAGACCGAGGAAGCGGUGGAUGCACUGAUCACUCGCCUGGCACGCUUGCUGGAGCCCUCCAACGAGAUGGAUGACCUCAGCCCGUGUGGCACCGCUGACAUGGCGCUGAUGCGGCUGGCCGCCAGCGAGGCGCUGCUGCGGCUGGCGCGCGCGCACGACCCCCGCAUCCACCCCGAAAUCUACCUCUGCCUCUCCCUCACCAUGCAGGACCAGCUGAUGGAGGUGCGGUCGGCGUUUGGGGCGAAGCUGCGCAGCAUGGUGCACCUGAUGAACAAGCACCAGCCGCAGCGCGCAUCCAAGUAUGCCGCCAUGCUCCCCCUGGCCGGCAUGGACCCCAAUGAGGCCAAUAGGUCGGCUGCAUAUGCCAUGCUGAACGAGUAUGUGGGCCUGCGCCGGCGCGCAGCUGCGGCACAUGUGGCGGCUGCCUCGAAGACGGGCGGGUCCAGCGGGCCCAUGCUGCAGGAGUUCCCCGAGUUCAUGCUCCCAUAUAUCAUCCAGAUGCUGGCGCAUCACCCGGACUUCCCCACACGGCAGGAGGUGGCAGAGAUGGGCCAGGAGGCGUACCAGCCCUUCACGCGCAUGCUGCAGUUCAUGCUGGAGCCCCUCAUCCUGUCCGUUGCCAGCAGGAGCGACUCAGAGCCUCCAGGCGCGACGCUGCCAGCAAUCAGCAAGGUGCUGCGCACGCUCAAGGCGACCGAGGACGCGACCGCAGAGCCGGCCACGCUCAACAUGCACAUGCUGUGUGACAUGGCGCUGGCUCUGGCGCCCGCCAUUGUGGAGCGUCACUCGCCCGGCGCCGUCAUCACCGGGAAGUUCCCGGGCAACGUGCCGCUGCCCAAGUCCUUUUUCCGCAGCUCAAUCCCAAGCAAGGCAAAGCUAGAGAGCCUGCUGCCGCCGGAUUUUGAGGUUGCCCUGGAAGACUUGUGCCCCAACCAGGCGCAGCCUGCCGGACAGAAGAAGGGCCCCAGCGGACGCUCCAAGCCCAAGGCCGAGCCCAAGCCUGCCAAGGCGCCAGUAAAGCGCCAGGCAGAGCCCACAGAGGACAGCGGCAGUGCGAAAAAACCCGCGCGGCCUAAGCGCAAGGCGGCGGCGGCGACUCUCAAGGAGGCAUCCAGCGAUGGGGAGGCUGAGUCAUCCGCUGACGAGGAUGAGGACGAAGAGGAAGAUGGCAGUGAGGACGCCAGCACCCCUGGGCCCAGCGGCCGCGGCGCAGCUGCAACCAGGAUUCAGGCAGGAAGCAGCGGGAAGCGGCGUGGGGAAAGUCUGGGGGAUCCUGGGCCCAGCAGUGGGGGCAAGCGUGCGCGCAUGCAGACAGCACCGGCUGAAGAUGCACCUGAAGAGACUGGGGGUCAGGAAGAGGCUCCUGCCAGCGGGAGGCAGUCCCCAGAUGAGAACGCACAGCCGCGCAACGGUGCAGCCAAGCAGAGGGCGUCCCAGAAGCCUGCAGGAAAGAAGGCAGGAGGUCAGAAAGGGAAGCCGGCCAGUCAAAAAGGACCUGCAGCAAAGGCAAAAGGAGGCGCUGGCACAGAGGGCCCCUCAGACAGCGAGUGGGACAUGAUGAGCGACGCGGAGGAGGCAGCAGCAGCAGCACCUGCCUCCCACAAGAAGACACCCCCGUCCAGGGGGAAGCUCUCUAAGGCGCUCAAGGUUGCUGCGGCGGUGCAGGGCGCGCUGUCCCGGGCUGGUGGGAAGCCUCCGCAAGGGGACAAUAGCAGGCGGCUGUCUGUGGGGCAGACCCCGCAGCCGGAGAAGCCGGGCAGGCCGCAAACCGCCAAGACAGAGACGACCUUCGGGAGGCGGCGUUCCCGCACCGGUGAGAGGACAGAGGGAGCAGAAGCAGAUGAUGAGGGUGAGGUGGACGAUGGAGAUGCAGGAGAAGAGCCGGCAGCUGCCAGGAAGCAGGCCUCAGGCCGCAAGCAGCAGCAGAAAGCAGCCACAAAGCGGCCAGGGAGUGGCGGAAGGAAGGCAGCUGGCGGCAAGGGGGCUGGCAGCGGGCAGGCAGCAGAAGCUGGCGAGGAAGAGCCUGCAGCUGCAGAGCCGAAGAAGCCGGGGCGCGCUGCGCGAGGAAGGAAGCGCUCAUCCCCAGACAGCCUGAGAGCGCCGACGUCUGAGGAGGAGGCAACGCCGCCCGACAAUGACGAAUCGCUGCGUGCACCCACCUCGGAUGAUGACAGCUCAGCAUCCAAGGAACCGGCACCCAAGAAGAGGGGCAGGCCUGCAGCAGGGCAGAAGGCUGCAGCAAAGGAGACAAGCCAGGCUGCGAGGAGAAAACCGCGGCGAGCGCAGGCCGCCUGACUGAGCCACAGCGUCUCCCUGUAGCUCAGAGGUUCAAGAUAGUAUAAAAGCAAUGCAUUAAGUCCUAGGAUAAGCUUUCAAGAUGACAGUAUGACAUGGGUAUUGCUGGCAAGCACAGCAUUUGUUCUAAAUGUCCUCGAGCAGUCACUAGGGAUGCAGUCAGCACCAGCUGAGACACAGGAGCAAUUUUGACUUUGCAGGAGAUCUGUGCCAGUGCACUUGUCAACUUUGCGGACUGAUUUGCAGGUUAUUAUGGGAAGAUUCGGGAUGUUUCAGGGCGGAGUAUUUGCAUUUCCUUUGUGAGAGCUAUAGCUAAAUUACCACUAUCAGAUCUAGACAGUUAAAGAAUUAUCUGACGAGCUCGAGGUGGAUUGUAGCAUGCGCAUGCAUGCAGGUGCACAUCGUGUAUAUCAGAGUCUAUAUUCAGGGUUUAGGGUAGGGUCUCGACUUAUCUGACACCUCGAGCCCGCUUAGCAACGUCAAGCUUGGCGUGACUUAGAAUCAUACUCAGGGAGACUCAUGAUCAAAGUAACAUUAAUGGAUUACCAGGCUU